AUGAAGGUCAUUAGGUCCCUCAGUGGUCGCAAGCAGCGGUUACUUGUGACCAUAGUAUGUGGCUGCGCCUUCUCUUUGUUUGGCUAUGACCAGGCUCUUUUUGGGGGAGUGGCUAGCGGUGAUGCUUUUGUGAAGCAGUUUGAUCAUCCAAGCCCAAGCCUCACAGGGCAAAUCGCUGCUCUAUAUGAUAUCGGCUGCCUUGUCGGGUCCUUGGUCAGUAUCAUCUUCUGUCAGAGAUUUGGCCAUCGGAAAUUAAUUCUGGGAGGAAGUGCGAUAACUAUUCUGGGUGCCAUCAUACAAACCGCCUCUAUGAAUGUUGGAAUGUUAAUCGGUGGAAGGAUCAUUGCUGGUAUUGGAAAUGGCAUGAACACAGCGACAGUCCCAGUCUACCAUGCGGAAACUAGUCUAUCGGCCAGUCGCGGGAGAGCCGUCAUUGGUGAACUGUUUGUCAAUAAUGUAGGAUGGCUAGUGGCACAAUUCUUGACCCUUGGCUUCAGCUUUAUCAACAGCGGAAUUCAAUGGAGGAUCCCAACAGCCUUCCAGAUCGUGUUCCUGGUGCCCAUAUUCUUUAUACUUCCAUUUCUUCCCGACUCUCCGCGCUGGCUCGCUUCCCACGAGAGAUUUGAAGAGGCCUCCAAAGUUCUCAGUCACAUAAUGGAGGAAGAUCCUUCUUCUCCAUCAUUUGCUUCCCAGAUGCAAGCCAUUCAAGAGAUAGUUCUUGUCGAGGGAUCGGCUCACAAGAGCAAGAUCUCAGAACUCUGGACCGGUCAGGGGCGAAACCUUUUCCGCCUACUGCUGGCCUGUUCAGUGCAGCUAAUGGCUCAGAUCGGGGGUAUAAACAUUUUUGCUUAUUUCGUCGUUAUAAUAUUUCAAACCCAGCUUGGAUUAAGUUCCACACUGUCCCGAGCACUCGCCGCCUGCGCUGGAAUAGGACUGCUUGUCUCCAAUCUGACUUCAAUAACUGUGAUUGAGAAAUGGGGCCGGCGACGCCUAUUGCUGUUGGGCUCUUCUGGCCAAUGUAUUUGUUUCCUUGUAUCAGCCAUUGUCCUCUCCACGGGCGGGACCGCAACAUGGGCAGGAAUUGUGGUUGUCGUCAUGGUCUAUCUGUUCUUCAUUGUUUUUGCUUUUGCCUGGCAAUCAAUUCCCUUUCUUUAUCCGGCCGAAAUUCUGUCUCUCAAGUACAGAGCCCGAUUCUAUGGCUUAUCAAAUGGUUGCAACUGGGCCAUCAAUUAUGUCAUUGUGUUGAUCACACCCAUCGGAAUCAGCGAAAUAGGGUGGCGUCUCUAUGUCAUCUUCGCAGUUUUCAAUUUCGUCAAUGGCUUGGUCGUCUAUUUUUUCUUUGUCGAGACAGCCCGAAGCUCCCUGGAAGAGCUUGACUUGUUUUUUAUCGGCUCGGACAGAGUGUCGAUAAAGCCUCCACCAUUUUUACGUCUCACGGGGACUCUCGCCUGUAGUGACCAUGCCAUGACGACGGCGACAGAGUUGGACAAACAUACAUCAGACAUCAUGCAUCUGGAAAAUGUCCCACAGAAGUGA